CAUCAUCAGUCCUUUAGCCGGACUGGAUCUAGCUGCUACCAGGUGUCACAUUUAUAGCAUCUGACUCACUCACUGACAAAGAACAAGAUGAAGAAAUACAGGAAGCAGAUAGCAGAGCAGUUCCUGAGUCAGGCCCUGGGCAUCAUCUGCCUGCUGACCGGAGAGGAAUACACCAUUGUGAAGAAGAGGCUCUCCCACAGCAGCGUUCAACAGCUGAGCGGAGAGGUGCCUAUAAAGUGUGAUGAUGUUGCUGUGUAUUUCUCUAUGGAGGAGUGGGAGUAUAUAGAGGGACACAAGGAGCUUUACAAGGACGUCAUGAUGGAGACUCACCAAGCACUAAGGACUAUGGAGAUCUCAGGAAAUGAGAGCUCAGAACUAACAGGUCACAGUGAUGAAAAUCUAGACACAGGAGCACAUAGAGAACUGGUACAGAAUAUUCAGCCAGUGGAGACCCCAUCAGACGUCUCUGCAGAUCUAACAGGUCACAGUGAUGAAAAUCUAGACACAGGAUCACAUAGAGAACUUGUACAGAAUAUUCAGCCAUCAGAUGUCUCUGCAGAUGACAUUAAUACUGAUGUAGACGUUAAAACAGAAGAUCUGAGUGUAACUUGUGAGCUGGAAGCUCCAAUGCAGGAAAUGUGUGACAGUGACAAUGCAGGGGAAAAAGAUGCUAAGAUUUCAUGUAACACAAAACAAACAGAAGAUCAGUGGCUAGGCAAUAUGCCAGAAGCAGCAGAGCAGGAAAUAUGUGAUAAUAUAAGUACAGAUGUAAACAAUGCUAACAUUUUAUGUAAAACAGAACAAACAGAAGAUCAGGGGAUAGCAAAUAUGUCAGAAGCUGCAAAGCAGGAAAUAUGUGACAAUAUAAAUACAGGGGAAAAAGAUGCUAAGAUUUCAUGUAACACAAAACAAACAGAAGAUCAGUGGCUAGGCAAUAUGCCAGAAGCAGCAGAGCAGGAAAUAUGUGAUAAUAUAAGUACAGAUGUAAACAAUGCUAACAUUUUAUGUAAAACAGAACAAACAGAAGAUCAGGGGAUAGCAAAUAUGUCAGAAGCUGCAAAGCAGGAAAUAUGUGACAAUAUAAAUACAGGUGAAAAAGAUGCUAAGAUUUCAUGUAACACAAAACAAACAGAAGAUCAGUGGCUAGGUAAUAUGCCUGAAGCAGCAGAGCAGGAAAUAUGUGAUAAUAUAAGUACAGGUGAAAACUAUGCUAAGAUUUCAUGUAACACAGAAGAAACAGAAGAUCAGUGGCUAAGAAAUGUCCAACCAUCAGAGCAGGAAAUUUGUGCCAAUAUAAGUACAGGGGAAUUCACAAACUGCAAUAAUCCUAGUCAUGAUCAGAGUGCAGAUGCUUCUUUACAUCUUCUUCAAAAUCAAAGAAGCCAUGUGGGAAAUUUAUGUUCUGAAUGUGGGAAAUGUUUUCUUAAGAAAUCACAUCUUUUUAAACAUCUAAAAAUUCAUACAGGAGAAAAGCUAUUUUCCUGUCCUAUAUGUGGGACAUGUUUUAACUGUAAAAACAUUCUUGCUGCUCAUCAGAAAAUUCAUACAGGAGAAUUUUCAUGUUCUGAUUGUGGGAAAUGCUUUACUCAGAAAUCAAAUCUUAUUCAUCAUCAGAAAAUUCAUACAGGGGAGAAAGAAUUUUCGUGUUCUGACUGUGGGAAAUGUUUUACUCGGAAAUCACAUCUUCUUAGACAUCAGAAAACGCAUACAGGAGAAAAAGCAUUUUCGUGUUCUGACUGUGGAAAAUGUUUUACUCGGAAAUCGCAUCUUCUUAGACAUCAAAAAAUUCAUACAGAGGAGAAAACAUUUUCAUGUUCUGACUGUGGGAAAUGUUUUAAUCUGAAAUCAAAUCUCAUUACACAUCAGAAAAUUCAUACAGGGGGGAAAGGAUUUCCAUGUUCUGACUGUGGAAAAUGUUUUAUCCUGAAAUCAUAUGUUAUUAGGCAUAAGAAAAUUCAUACAGGGGAGAAAGCAUUUUCAUGUUCUAACUGUGGGAAAUGUUUUACUUUUAAAUCAAAUCUCAUUACACAUCAGAAAAUUCAUACAGGGGUGAAAGGAUUUUCAUGUUCUGACUGUGGGAAAUGUUUUACUCGGAAAUCACAUCUUCUUAGACAUCAGAAAACGCAUACAGGAGAAAAAGCAUUUUCGUGUUUUGACUGUGGGAAAUGUUUUACUCGGAAAUCAACUCUUCUUAUGCAUCAAAAAAUUCAUACGGAGUGAAAGGAUUUCCAUGUUCUGACUGUGGAAAAUUUUUUACUCUGAAAUCAACUCUUAUUAUGCAUCAGAAAAUUCAUACAGGGGAGAAAGCAUUUUUAUGUUCUGACUGGGGGAAAUCUUUUACUCUGAAAUCACAUCUUCUUAGUCAUCAGAAAACGCAUACAGGAGAAAAGGUAUUUUUGUGUUCUGACUGUGGGAAAUAUUUUACUCAGAAAUCACAUAUUAUUAGGCAUCAGAAAGCUCAUAUUAAAAAAACUUUAGAGUUUAACCUCCUAAGUGCAGAGGAAUAAUAUGGUAGUUGUCACCCACACAAUAUACCAAGUGCUGAUGAUUACUGCAUGUGACCCCCUGGGGAGUGCAGUUUUAGAGCUGUUUGAGGUCCCUUCUGCACCUCAGUCGUUUAUGAGGUGACCCCAGGGUGGAUUUGAUUUAAAAAUUAUGAUUUAAAUCACUAGUCCGUAAGACCAAUUUUAAAUCAUGGUUUUUAUUUUUAGAAUAAGUUUUCAGAUUAUUUGUUUAUAGUUAUACCAGGCUAUUAUUAAAUUGGUUAUAUAUGAUUAGAUAUGCAUAGAUAGAUCAUUGAAAUUAAUGAAAUUAUUUGGAGGUGAAUUAUCUCCAGUUUAAUUGGUUAAUCAUGCACAUUUGAUUAACUUUUCACCUGUACUUUAUUGGAAGGAGGAAAAUUAUUACAUUAAUAAUAACAAUAUAAAUAGUUUUAUUUUACUAAAACAAUAACAUUAUUUUUAAUUUUAAUCCUUGCCCCUCCCUCCUCACACUUAGGUCCUUGUGCAUAUCUAUUCCGUUCCAAACAAUCUUCUAUUCAGUGAGCUUCUUGAAACUUAGUAUGGGUGUAUUCUGUGUACAUAGAUUUGAAGGGGAUCAAUGACAUUAACAUGAAUUUUUUUAACAAUUUUCCAAUUGACUUCUCUUAUCUAAUUUGCUUUGUUCUUUAGGUGUCCAUUGUUAAAAAGCCUGCAUAGGUAGGCUCACUCAGAUGUAAUGCACUACUGUAAGCUAGCUGCUUGUCACGGUCUCACCCAUUGUAUUCAGAUAGCCCCCAGUGGAGCAUUGCUCUCCUUCAACAAAGGAUUCCAAGAGAAUGACACAAAUAUAAGUAAAUCUAAAAAUGUUAUGUUCUAAGGUCUAUUUAUCAACUCUGUAUGUUCAUUUUUUAGAUAUUUUGCUGUGGAUGUUAUUUCUGCAGACACGAAUUCACAGCUUUGAGAACUACAAAAUGAAUCAUAUGUGAUAAUAUCAUUAAGAUUGAAAAAUUGUUCAAAAUAAUCUAAGCAUGAUAUUGUGAAUAGAUUAAUGAAAUUAAUAAAAAAACAUUACAGUAAUAAAUAAACAGCAUCUUGCUAUAUAAUUAAAAACUAAUUUAUAUUUCAGGAUGAAUAACCUUUGGAUUAUAAUGUAUCUUGAAUAAAACUAUUUUUAAAUA